AUGUCUUCUCGACAAACUCCUGCCUCUCACCUGGCCCAGGAUGGCCCUUCGACUGAGAGCAUUCUCGCGAUGCUCCGAACCCCUAGAGAUGAGGUCUACACCCUCAGCCAGGACGGAAACACCUACAUUCGCCCCCAGUGCCUGAGAGACACCCCCGUCGCCAAGCUGACCGAGAACAGCCCCUACUGGAGAAGCACCUGGCACUCUCUGGAUGAGUACCUGGCCCAGGAAGAAGAGGAGGAGCGCCUCAAGAAGGAGACUGGCGCACGUCUCAAGCUUGACCCUUCCAACAAGUCCGUCGCCGCCGCUCACAAGCUUCACCAGGACAACGUCAGCAAGCACCGCCGCAUUCGUGACAUCUUUGGUCCUAACACUCGAUACCACCCCAACCAGCUCGUGGCCAAGCACCACCUCCCCGAUGAUGGCCUCUGCCAGAAGGAGAUCAUGUACCGUCUAGCCUGCAAGAUCUCGGACCUCCGCGUGCUCCACGAGAAGAACGAGCUGGCCAUGGACCCAUGGGACUUUAUGCGCUGGAGAAUCUCCAAGAAGAUUCUCUCCUUCAUCCCCUUCCCUGGAAGUUCUGCACGAGACAACAUUCGAACCAUUGUGUACAAGAUCUGUGAGGACUGCGGAUCUUCCCCCAACAUGAAGCAGUACGAGGACGUCCUCCUGCGUGCCGCCAUCCUUCGAUCUGCGAAUUACCAGAACAGAAUCGCGAGCUUCACCACAAAGGGUGACAAGAUCAAGGCGGGCAGUUCUGGAAGCGCUCAGCCUCGCUCCCGUGUUGCUUCUGGUGGCCGACCUCGAACUGGGAGCUUCUCAAGCGUUGUCUCCAACACCUCUUCGCGACCUCGGACUGGGAGCUUUUCCAAUGCUGCUUCCAACACGUCCUCGCGACCUACUCUGCCUCCUCCUCGAGUUGACAAGCACCGCCCUCAACCUAGCGCGUACAUGGGCAUCAACGCUUGGAGAGAGCAGAAGAGACGCCAAGAGGCUGAGAAGAACAAGGAGUCCAACCAGGACUCCAACAAGGAGUCUGAGAAGUAG